CCGCGCCGCGGCGGUGGAGGCGGCGGCGGCGGCGGCAGAGGAGGAAAGGAGGAGGAGGUGGUGGAGGAGAGGAGCAGGAGGAGAAGCAGCCGCGAGCCCGGGAGACGACGGCGGGGCCCGAGCGCGGAGCCCCCGGGAUAGAGCGCGCACCGGGGUGUCCCGGCACCCCGCUCGCCCCGGGCCGCCGCGGAAGAUGGUGGCGGCGCCGUGCGCCCGGAGGCUGGCGCGGCGCUCGCACUCGGCGCUGCUGGCGGCGCUCAUGGUGCUGCUGCUGCAGACGCUGGUGGUGUGGAAUUUCAGCAGCCUGGACUCCGGGGCUGGAGAGCAGCGGCGCGCGGGGGCAGCGGCGGGAGCAGCCGAGCAGCAGCAGCAGCAGCCCGCGGCCCCGCGCCGGGAGCGCAGGGACCUGGCUGCCCAUCUGCCCGCAGCCCGCGGAGGACCUGGAGGCCGAGCCGGCGGAGGAGGAGCACGGGGAGGCGGCCCCGGAGGAGCCCGCGCACAGCAGCCUGCCAGCCGCGGGGCACUAGCCGCUCGGGCGAGGGAUCCACACCCGAGUCCACUGAUCACCCUAGAGACCCAGGAUGGCUACUUCUCUCACCGGCCCAAAGAGAAAGUUCGGACCGACAGCAAUAAUGAGAACUCAGUCCCCAAGGACUUUGAGAAUGUGGACAACAGCAACUUUGCACCCAGGACCCAGAAGCAGAAGCACCAGCCAGAGUUGGCAAAGAAGACCCCCAGCAGACAGAAAGAGCGUUUGCAGAGAAAGCUGGAUGCCCAGGACAAAGGACAGGGGCAGUCAGUCCUGGGGAAAGGCCCCAAGGAGGUCCUGCCUCCUCGGGAAAAAGCCACAGGCAAAGGUAGCCAAGGGAAGGAUCUCUCAAGACACAACCAUGCCAGGAAGAGUGGUGGUGGUGGGUCCCCCGAAACCAAGUCUGACCAGGCCCCCAAGUGUGAUAUCUCUGGCAAGGAGGCCAUCUCAGCACUGACCCGUGCUAAGUCCAAGCACUGCCGCCAGGAGAUUGCAGAAACCUACUGUCGCCACAAGCUGGGGCUGCUGAUGCCAGAGAAGGUGACUCGAUUCUGUCCCCUAGAAGGCAAAGCCAACAAGAAUGUCCAGUGGGAUGAGGAUGCUGUGGAAUACAUGCCCGCCAACCCAGUAAGAAUCGCCUUUGUCUUGGUGGUCCAUGGCCGUGCCUCUCGACAACUACAGCGCAUGUUUAAAGCCAUCUACCACAAAGACCAUUUCUACUAUAUCCACGUGGAUAAGCGUUCCAAUUACUUGCAUCGGCAAGUGCUUCAGUUCUCCAGCCAGUACGACAAUGUCCGAGUCACUUCCUGGAGGAUGGCCACCAUUUGGGGCGGAGCCAGCCUCCUGUCCACCUACCUGCAGAGCAUGCGGGAUCUACUGGAGAUGACUGACUGGCCCUGGGACUUCUUCAUCAACCUCAGUGCUGCUGACUACCCCAUCAGGACAAAUGACCAGCUGGUAGCAUUUCUUUCCAGAUAUCGAGAUAUGAACUUCCUAAAGUCACAUGGCCGGGACAAUGCAAGGUUCAUCCGGAAGCAGGGCCUGGACCGUCUCUUCCUGGAGUGUGAUACACACAUGUGGCGCCUGGGGGACCGGCGGAUCCCAGAGGGCAUUGCUGUGGAUGGCGGCUCUGAUUGGUUCCUGCUAAACCGGAAGUUCGUAGAGUAUGUGGCAUUCUCUACGGAUGACCUGGUGACCAAGAUGAAGCAGUUCUACUCUUAUACCCUCCUCCCUGCUGAGUCCUUUUUCCACACGGUCCUGGAGAACAGCCCCCACUGCGACACCAUGGUGGAUAACAACCUGCGCAUCACCAACUGGAACCGCAAGCUGGGCUGCAAGUGCCAGUACAAGCAUAUCGUGGACUGGUGCGGCUGCUCUCCCAAUGACUUCAAGCCUCAGGACUUCCAUCGCUUCCAGCAGACAGCUCGGCCCACCUUCUUUGCCCGAAAGUUCGAAGCCAUAGUGAACCAGGAAAUCAUUGGGCAGCUAGAUUCUUACUUGUACGGGAACUAUCCUGCGGGGACCCCAGGCCUCCGCUCCUACUGGGAGAAUGUGUAUGAUGAACCAGAUGGUAUCCACAGCCUCAGCGAUGUGGCCCUCACUCUGUACCAUUCCUUCAUCCGCCUGGGUCUUCGAAGGGCUGAGUCAUCGCUACACACGGAUGGGGAGAACAGUUGCAGGUACUACCCAAUGGGCCAUCCAGCAUCUGUCCAUCUCUACUUCCUUGCUGACCGCUUCCAGGGCUUUCUGAUCAAGCACCAUGUGACCAACCUUGCUGUGAGCAAACUGGAGACACUGGAGACAUGGAUGAUGCCAAAGAAAGUCUUCAAGAUCGCAAGUCCCCCCAGUGACUUUGGGAGGCUUCAGUUUUCUGAGGUUGGCACUGACUGGGAUGCCAAGGAGAGACUGUUCCGGAACUUUGGUGGUCUUUUGGGGCCCAUGGAUGAGCCAGUGGGGAUGCAGAAAUGGGGAAAGGGACCCAAUGUGACCGUGACUGUUAUUUGGGUGGAUCCUGUCAACGUCAUCGCAGCCACCUAUGACAUCCUGAUUGAGUCCACUGCAGAAUUCACACACUACAAACCCCCUUUGAAUCUGCCUCUGAGGCCUGGGGUCUGGACAGUGAAGAUUCUCCAUCACUGGGUGCCGGUUGCAGAGACCAAAUUCCUUGUCGCACCUCUGACCUUCUCCAACAAGCAGCCCAUCAAACCAGAGGAGGCUUUGAAGCUGCACAAUGGGCCACCUCGCAGUGCCUACAUGGAGCAGAGUUUCCAGAGCCUGAACCCAGUCCUCAGCCUGCACAUCAAUCCUGCCCAAGUAGAGCAGGCCCGGAAGAAUGCAGCCUUCACUGGGACAGCACUAGAAGCCUGGCUGGACUCGCUGGUGGGUGGGACUUGGACUGCUAUGGACGUCUGUGCCACGGGCCCCACUGCCUGCCCAGUCAUGCAGACCUGCAGCCAAACAGCCUGGAGUUCCUUCAGCCCUGAUCCCAAGUCAGAGCUGGGUGCAGUCAAGCCUGAUGGCCGGCUCAGGUAGCACUGGCCACAUGGGACAGAUGCAGCCUCAACCCUGACCUCUGAUCUUAUAUGGGGGAAGGGGGAAUUCCUUCUGUACAAGGACCUCUGCUGACUGUAGGACAAUGGAGAGAGAGGGUUUGGAGGCCAGAGAGAAGUCAGCCUGUGUUUAUGAAGCUAGCCUCUAGGAUAGGUGACUCAGUCCCAGGGCCACAGUGGUCUCCCUCUACCAGUUGUUACUCAGUUCUUCAGGCUCCUGUUCUUCCCCUCCGGUGGCCUGCACCCCUACAAGUGAGUUUUAAACUUUUAUUUUGAGCGGCAGAACUUUGUUAGCUCGGCAUAGUCAGAGGUGGAAGUGCAAGACCAGGAUGAAAUCCAGGCUGCUCUGGUUGAAGCUGAGGUUGUGUGAGGUUCCUUCUCGAAACUCAGCCCACCAGGUGGUCCUUUGCCAAGGGCAUCUCUAAGGUACCUCUUCUGAACCCAAGGGCUCUGUUUAAGCCAGUUUGACAAGCACUGCCCUGACCAAGGGUGGGAUCCAUCCCAGCCCUUCCAUUUAUCUCUUCAUUUCUGUGGCUGGGAAACCUUGUGCCCAUGCUAAACGAAGCCCUGCUCCUGGCCUUCCUAGGGAGGCGGAGACAUGGGAGAAUUCCAAGGUUCCUGUUGCCACUCAGUGAGCUGUUUUCUCUGAAAACCAGAGGUUCAGGAAAAUCUUUUGAUGUGAAGCAGCCAAGGUCCCCAGACAUGUGAUUGCCAACUUGCCAUCUGUCCAGAUUAGCCUCUUCCAAGGCUGUCACAAAUAGUAGCAGGAACAGGGUAAAGUGUAUAGAGCCUGAGCUUCAAUUCUCCUAUGUGCCCCUGGGCUGGCAGACAGCUACUGUGGCCUCUUUGGUACUUGAAAGUGGAAGCCGUGCAGAACGGGGGCUCUGAGUCUCAAAGGGGAUUAUGUGGACCCAAGCUUCUGACCUGGAUGGCUGCAUAGUAGCACCCCUUAUGUUCUAAGGUCAGGUACCCCAAACCUUUGUGAACUGUGCACUUGGUGCUGUUGGCUGUGACCAAACUGCAUGGAUCAGACUUCUCCCACGCAGGAGCAAACAUUUCAGAUUGCGUCCUUAAUUUCAUAUCCUUCCUUGCCUAGGGUUCCAACAGGCUCAGUGUGACCACACCACAAGGUUGAGUUUCAACAGUGGUUCAACAAAUAGUGUUAUUCAUAUUGCUUGAGUUACCAGAAACCCAAGGGUCUUCUUGCCAUGUGUAUUUGAGGGGCACUGAGGAAGAGCACCCCGUUCCUCCUGGAGUCCACCAAAUGACAAAGUUCUCUAGGAAAAUUUUCACCCAUUCUUGUGUCUCUCCCAGCACAGAUAAGGUACUGAAGUCCACCUUGAUGAUGCAUCUACUGCACAGCCCCUUCCCCAUCUAACAUGGCGGGCAUAGAGAAAGGACCCUUGAUAUUUAUUAUUUAUAUGUUUUAGUCAAUGACUAAUUAGUAGGUGCUGUUUUUGCAGCUUGUCAAUUAUGUUAUCUUACUAACUGAAAUUGCCUUUAUUCACAAAAGGCUCCCCCUGCCCUCCCUUUCCCUGGUCAGCCUGCCUUUCUCUCUUAUUCUCUCUCUCUCCUAUUCUCUCUCUCUCUCUCCUAUUCUCUCUCUCUCUCUCCUAUUCUCUCUCUCUCUCUCUCUCUCCUAUUCUCUCUCUCUCUCUCUCUCUCUCUCUCUCUCUCAGUGUCCACCCUACAUCCUACACAGUUUCAUCCAGUGACCCUACUCUCAGGAAGUAGACCCAUUUGGAUGGCUGGAGCAUCCUGUUUUGCUUACACAAGAUGCUCGUCUCACCUAUUCCUCUAAAUUCAAAAGUGUUGAAAUGUCUGAGUUCCCUCCUUACCCUGACCGCUGACGAGUGGACGAGGAUGUGAUGAGCUAAUGGCUUGGGGGGUGAGGAAGAAGUGUGCUGAUUGUAGAACUAUAAAUCCACCCAGUUGCCCCCGCAUCAGGCUUCUUGUGACCAGUUUAACCAUGAGCACGAGCUAUCACUAGCAGAGGGAGACAGGCUCCUUCCAAGAGUGAUUGAUCAUAGGAGGAGGGAUGGGGUCAGACCCAACCAGGAGAGCUCAGGAGGUAGCUACUGUCUUUGCUGGUGGUGAAGCCAUCAGGUGGCUUCCUCUAACAACCACAGGAUUUACACUGCUUUUACAAACCUUCGGGAACCAUGAGCCCCAUUUUCUCAAUGGCUCGAGCCUUUGCCUCAGUCAAAGUGUCUCUGGGACUAUGGAACUUCUUUGAGUUCCCCCUUGACCCCUCUUGUUCUAAAGAUUUGUAUAUUCUGUCCUGGAAGGUCCCUGGGAGCCACAGACUCCAAGACAGGCUCUGUCUAAACCCAGUGACACUCAAUGACAUUUUUUCAUACUGGAAUACACUUGGGAAUGGCAGAGCCUCCUUACUCUGGGGACACUCUGCUCCCUCUUUAUUCACCCCAACUAAUUUGAGGAUAUUUGUCUCCUCUGUUUUUGGACCUAGAGAAUAUUUUUUCUUUUAGUAAAAACAAACAAACAAACAAAAAGGAGUAUUUAAAACAAGUUCACCAUAAUUUAAGAAAAGAUGUUUUCCUAUGGAAAAUGGCAGAACUCUGUAUUUCUUGGUGUUUUCCUGCCUGAAAAUCAUGUAUUUGUUAGAGGCCAUUGGUGAAACAACAGCCUUGGGAGGUGGCUGACCGAGACUUGAAAACAGAACCAUCAUCUCCAGGAGCAUUAAAGUCUGCAGGGUAUUCCUUGUGGGGACAAGUAUUUUAGAUGGCACCUCUCCGUGCCUUUUGGUAACUACCCCUCCCAAAGCCAACUUCCCAGGCUGUGCAGAAAGCUGUAAGUCUCUGAGAGGGAAGGGAGCAACUCCCAAUGCCCCUUUGCUUUAACAAUGCACUUCUUUUUCUGUUCUGGGCUUUUCUGGUGGAGAUCAGAGGCCUCCUGGUUUCGUUUCUCAUUUUUGGCUUAACUUUUUAAACUGAAAUUAAGUUUAGAGGGUAUAAACACAGCCACACAAAUAUACACACACACAAGCACUCAUACACACACACACACGCACGCACGCACGCACACACACACAUGUACAUACACUCCUUAGGGAUUUGUUGCGACUUUGGAUGUAGCCUGGGUGUUUGCAGAGCAUAAAUGCCCUUCUGGUUGUCUAGUUUUCAGAUAGAUAGGAGGAUGUUGAUUGAAAUUGUGACCUCUCUCCCAAGACAUUGCAUAACAGAGACGAGCAAUCAAUGGUCACAAAGUAUAGAGUACAGAGAAGAAAUCGUUUACUACCAAGUUCAUGAGGGUUCAGAUCAGCAGUUCCUGAUAGCAUUGAGAGUAGGCUGGAAACACGUCAACCUGGUUAGCUUGAGCAUGCAAAGAAGGCUUCCCAGACCAGAGAAACUACUGCAGGGGCCAUAAAAGCCUAUGGAGGUUCUGGACACGAACAUUGAUGGGUAAAAGCACAGGUGAAAGACAAAAGAGAGUGAUGGGGAGUGUGGUCUUACUGGCAGGCACGUGACUCCUCUGGUAAGAAAGUUGUAGCGCAGCUCCCAGCUUACCACAGCAAGAAAAAAAGCAAAACUCAUUGCAGUGGAGUCUUUCAGCUAAUGAGGGAAGCCAAAUAUCCAGCUCCUUGUUGAUUUUUGUUUAUUUGUUUGUUUGUUGUUUUCUUUUUGUUUGUUUUGUUUAAUAGGAAAUCUAGUUAUUCAAUAUUGGCUACUCUUUAAUUUUAUUUAUUUUUUUUAAAGAUAGGACAGAAAAGUAGUUUCAUAGUUGUGAUCAGGCAAAGCCCUCUUUCUGGAAAGGUGGUUUGAAAUGAGGGAAAGAAUUUAGGGAUAAGGAGUGGGGGAAAGCCAGAGUUAAAAGUGCAGAGAACAGCUCACAUUAAACUGUGUAAGACUUGAGGCUUCUGCUUAGUAGUUCUCUUCGGAGAAAACCUGUCUUCUACAGGAGGGCUGGCUCAUCUGCUACCCUGGUCUGUGCUGAAGAGAAAAGAAUGAGAGCAGGGGUCUGGGGUCCUACCUCAGACACAAAGAGGUUCUAAUCUUCCCAGGUCUUCACCUUCUGGCAUUCCAUCAAACCAAGCCAAGACAGCAAUGGUGCCAUCCAUAAGAUGAGGCUGGGGAGCACUAGGACCCACUCCAGAGUCUGCAUGAGUUACCAUACUGCCACUGUGCUGGAACGUUCUUCAGAAACCACAUGGGGCUGUGCUGGCUUGAGUAGUCUUUGCUUCUGCCUCAGUUAUCUUAUUUUGCCCAAGGGUCAACCCCAGGCACUACCUCAAUGUCUGCUGAGAAGUUUACCUAGGGAUGGGGCGGAAUGAAGGUGGUUAACCAUGCUGGAGCUGAAUGUACAAUCUAUGCAAAUCUCUCUCUCUCUCUCUCUCUCUCUCUCUCUCUCUCUCUCUCUCUCUCUCUCUUUCUCUCUCUCUCUCCUUGCCUAUUCCUUCUCCUUCCCUC